ACCAGUGUACUAUGUACACCUGCAUACCUGCCUACUCACUUGGCCGCUUAUACGCCGUGUAUGACGAACGCUGUGUGACUGGAUUCGCAUUUCGCACUGAAGGACCACGCUCCCGUGGCUGGGCCGUUUUGUUUUUAUUGCGUGAAAAUUAAUGAGAAACUCGCGAGAAUGGGAUUGCCAAUGACAUGAGCAGAGUGGAUUGUAGAGUCGCUUGUACUGCUAUUUUCUUACUUUCUAUUUUUAUUAUUGAUAAGAUUUAGUUGUUUGCUAUGGGGUUGUAGCGUCUUGGAGUUUCCUCCAUUGUCUUCCCUGGUAAAGUGUGUUCAAAUUAAUGGACUUGUCAGGAUAUUAUUGAUCUGUCGUGGCUAGGAAACUUAUCAAAAGAGAGUAUCAAAAUAUUUUCUAAUUGGCUUAAAAGAGGUCAAGAGCUUAAUAAUUGAAUAGAGCUAGGGGUCGUUUUGUUGAAUGCAUGUCCAUUGGUUCAAAUAGGCUUGUUUGUUAAGUACUAGCUGUUAAUACAGACUAACAAAUUAUGACUACCAUCAAUUUCUAAAUAAUAAAUUGAUCCAAAAUGAAGGUGGCUAAGUAGCAUUUCUGGUACUCCGAUAGGAGAAUUUAAAAAAUGGUAGAGUGCAUAGGUUCUAACAGGUUUAUAGGAUAAUGACAUUUAAUAGGUAAUAAAAUAAAGAUCAGGUAUGUACAUGUAUAAUUGAAGAAAUGGAUUAGAUUUCGGUUGUUGGUACAAACAUUAUUUAAAAUUUUUGUGAUAACUUUAAGAUUCUUAAAAUAUAAUAUUUCUGGGAAAAAUAUCUUUAAAACCUCUUCUAUGCAUAAAUGUAAAACAUGAUUACACAAACAGAAUAGAAAGAUAAGAGGUCAAUGAUUUUUAGAAGAGCUGGAAAGAUGGUUACUUUUAAAAAUCGGUGAUUCUUCGCACAUUAGUAACUGGCAGAGAUUGGGUUUAGUACAUUACCAAUCGUAGCAGGUUUCUUUAUUUAUAUCCCAGGAUUUCAUGCUGGAAUGAAUGAAAAGUUUAUGGUUUGCAAUCAUGGUUAUCUGAAUGUCGUUUGAAAUGGGCAAAUAUUUGUAUGCAGAUAGAUAUCGUCAAUUUAAACAGAAAUAGACAAGUGGUGACCAAAGACUGUAAAGGCCUAAAAAUUCUACUGAUAUGCUGCAUGUUCCAUUCAAAAGGUUCAAAUGUAGAUGAUUUCAAAUGUAGCUUGAAAAAGGGAAAGAAAAUUAUACAUUACAGCCUCUAAAUGUGGAGUACUGUAUAGCGGUACCUGGUAGGGCCAUAUGGUUUCUCAAACAUGGCCAACAAUCAGGUGGAUUAUCAGUGGGCCUACACCAUAAUGGAUUCAUCCAGCGUAUCCACUUAUUUGAUAUCAAUCCUGCUGAUCGUUUAUGGCAGCUUUCGAUCCUUGAAUAUGGAACAGGAAGCUAGAGAAAGAGAAAAAGAAAAGGAGCGCGCUAAUCUCUUAACAGGGAUGACAAGUAAUAGCGCUACAGCAACCUCAGAGAAUCCUAUGGGAAAAGGAAUCCUGACUUUAGAUACAAUGCACGUUCUCUGUCUACCUCUUGGUGCUUCCAUAUCGCUACUUGUCAUGUUUUUCUUCUUUGACAGUAUGCAAAUGCUAUUUGCUAUUUGCACAGCCAUAAUGGCGACGGUAGCACUGGCAUUCCUCUUACUGCCUAUGUGUCAGUAUAUUAUCAGGCCGUGCACCGAUGGCAACAAGAUAUCGUUCGGAGUGUGCGGACGGUUCACGGGUGCCGAACUCCUUUCGUUCUCCCUUAGCGUGAGCAUAGUCUGUAUCUGGGUGCUGACCGGGCACUGGCUUCUUAUGGACGCGAUGGGUAUGGGGCUGUGCGUUGCCUUUAUAGCUUUCGUUCGGUUACCUAGUCUUAAGGUAUCCACACUUCUGCUCACCGGUCUCCUAAUCUACGACGUUUUCUGGGUUUUCUUUUCAUCGUACAUAUUCAGCACUAACGUUAUGGUUAAGGUGGCAACGCGCCCAGCCGAUAAUCCUGUAGGUCUGGUUGCGCGACGGCUACACCUGGGUGGUAGUGUAGCACGCGAAGCUCCAAAACUCUCGCUGCCUGGCAAACUAGUGUUCCCGUCGAUGCAUCGGGCUGGUCACUUCUCGAUGCUCGGCCUCGGCGACGUCGUAAUGCCAGGCUUGCUACUAUGUUUUGUACUACGCUACGACGCUUACAAAAAAUCUCAGCCACUGCCGGGUGGAUGUGAAGCCGGAGUCCCGCCACCCCGGCACUUGAAUCGUAUAACCUACUUCCACUGCUCGCUCAUCGGAUACUUUUUGGGUCUGCUCACGGCGACUGUGAGCUCUGAGGUAUUCAAAGCUGCCCAGCCGGCUCUUCUUUACCUCGUGCCCUUCACGCUGCUACCCUUACUCACCAUGGCGUAUCUAAAGGGAGACUUGCGUCGUAUGUGGAGUGAGCCAUUUAUAGUACAGCAACAGUCAAAGCAUCUGGAAGUUUGACAGCUAUCUACGAGCUUCUACGCUCAGUCAGAGCUGAUGCGUCUUACCAGAGAGAUCAUACUCGACGAACAAUUGGUUUUCUCCGAUUCUUACGGUUACUUUACAUGUAAGUAAAUUUUCGUUCGAGAUUCCUGAAGUAUACAUCCACCGUGUCAACAAGCAGUUUUCAGCGUUGCGUGUAUACCGCGUAAUGCAUUGUUUUUUAUUUUCCAAUCAAUUUGUUUUUGAUCCGUUAUUAAUACGGGAAAAGCAAUGCAAACUGCAUGUUCGAUUUUUUUCAGACACUUCGCAAUGAAGAAACUUAUUUAACUGUCGGAGGACCCGUAAGGAAAGAUAGUCGUGUGAUUGAAUCUCGCUUUUAUUAUAAAAUACUACUUUCAUUUUUUGUGCAAUUAGACCUGAGAUUAUUACGAAAAAAGGAAAGUAACUAAAAUCAAUUUUGGUCAAAGAAUGGCUAAGUAAACAAUGUUACAGAUCUGUUUGUAUAUGUAUAUACAGUGAUAUGUGUCGCAUAGUAAACAUUGAAUUUUAAGGUAUAUUACGUAAAAUAUACCUUAAAUGUAUAAUGUAGCUAUAUGAAAAUAUAGUUAAUGUAUUAAAUUUAUUCGUAAUAACUUAAUUGGUAUCCGUUUUUUUUUUGCGAUUUUUUUUAAUUAAUCUUAUAUUACAUGGCAUCACACGACAAUUUUAACUUACUUUUCUGCCGAGUUUAAAUAGUGCGAUGGAGAGGAAAGUAGUGAUGAAUGUGUCAAAAACGUGUAAAAUACUUUUCAUGAUUAGAAAUAGAUUCCGUUUUACUUACAGCACCGAAUGCUUUUUGUAAAAUUAUAAACAACAACGGGUUGCGUAAAAGCGCAUCAACAUAGUUUUUAUUUAUAAAAAUUAAAUUAUAAGCUUCGUCUACUAGUAUUCACUUUCGUUUAGUGGAAUCAAACGAACAAAUCUAGAAUUGUAAAAUGAUUAACGUUCUCGUGUCAAUUUAAACAAGUAAUUUCAUACUACGUAAUUUCUUCAAUGGCGUAUUUAAAGACAAAUGAAAUUAAAAUAUGAGAUUGUCACUUCAUUUAAAGACGUAGCGAAUGACGAUGCACUCGUAGAGAAUCUUAUAUAACAAAGAAACAGCCCGGUAAAAUCAACCUGUGUAUAGUUUUAUACAUGGGCAUGUAAAAUUAUUCGUGGUUGGAGUAUCAACUUUGUAUUGAUAAAAUGACAUGAAAAAAAAACUACAAAGUUCAUACGAGUAAUGACGUAAUAAUUUUAUAAAACCGGUAAUUUAGUACAUAUUAUAUCGUUGGUAUUUAAGAUUUUCACUAUCAAAUUCUAGUUCAAAAUCUCUAUCACUAAGUCCCUACGUUAUCUUUUAUUUCUCUAUAAAAUUAGACAAUUCUUGACUUGGUUAUAUUAUACAAAAAUUAAACUAUGGAACAAGACAAAUGAAAUACUGUACAUACUAUGUGACUCUAUAUCGUAGCAGGGAUUGUUUGUUAUUAAGAUGAUGCAUGAGAAUAAUUGUUUUUAAAAAUUGACUGAACGAAUUAUUAGUUUCCAAUUGUAAUUUUACUUUGAUUAAUGAAAGAUUAUGAAGCAAAAGAAUAUAAAAGUACAUUUUUUAAGAGAAUUCAAGUUUUGCAUCAGCGAGAUUCGUUUGCUUGCGAUUCAGUAUAAAGAAAAGAUCACUUUAUUCUUGUAAUCGGUCGCAAGGGAAAACGUAGUAGCCAGCAUUAAUGGAUAAGCUUUAUUGAGCUCUUGCUAUGGAUGGGCCAUCUUGAAGACUUUGUAUUUUAUUAAAGUGUAAGACUGAAUGAACAAAUUAAAAAUGAGAAAAAAUAAUACUAAUAGACGCACGCACCUUUCGACAGUUUUAUAUAGAAAAUUGUUGCUCACUUGUAUAAGUUCUUAAAGUAAGAAUAUUAAACUCCUAUCUAAGUAUAGAAAAAAUGUUAUAUUUUAUUGUUUAGUAAACGGAAUAUUUGUUACUAAUGCAGAAUCUAUAAAAACUGGAUGGACUUAAUAUUAAAAAGCAUGGUUCAUAGACAAAUAAAUAAAUAAAUAAACGAAAGGUGCUAUCGCCUAAAAUUGAAAUGAAAGAACAUAGAAAGGCCAAUGUUUGCCAACCAAACCGCAAUUAAAUUUUCACUCGACUAAUUUCAUUGCAAUUUUCUUUUAAUAAUCAUUGUAGUACAUUACUCUAACAAUGGGUUUUUAUGAUUAUAAUAUAAAUAGUAUGAGUUUGUAUAAAAGAGUUAGCUUAUGGUUAUUUCGGAGUGAUUCGUACGUCAUUUUAUAUAUUACUGUACCAUAUAGAUUAUUGUAAGAAUAUAGACAGAUGAGAUAAUUAAAAUGGGACACUGAUUAAAAAUAAAUACGUGCAAUCGUUUCUAGAAAAAAAUAAAACAAAUAUAAUGAAUUAUAGGUCUCGAGGCUUUCCAUGUUUGUUCUGCGAUAAACUACUGUACACCAUCAACGUUUGUUAUUAAAUUUCUCUACUUCCCAAUAUCGCGUAAUCGUGAUUCUCUUUAUGAAUGUAUAUCAUAAUAAAGCAAUGGGUACACAGUUGUUCCAGUCGGUAUAAUAAAAUAUUGUUCAUUUAAACUUAUUAUUCAAAUUGGCUUAAACUUGAACGUGAAAGAAUUUCAUAUUAAUAUUUGCAACUAUGUAUCUGAGUUUAGUAUGAAGCAUCUUUGUGAAUAUUUUGAGAAAAACCUGUAUCAUUUAAUCACUUAAACACUAUAUCUUUCUACUGUGCAAAAAAUACAUAUCUUUAUAAUGGCUAUAAUACUUAAAUAAAUUGUACUUGUGAAGUGCACAACGCAAAGAUGCUUGAUACUACAAUAUUUAAAUUAGUAUACAAAGUAUAACACGCUCCAAACGUUACAUUACAAAUGGGACAUGCGUACUUUUCAGUAAUUUGAAUAAUUCAAGUAGACUUUAAACAAUUUGAAAGUAUAUAAAUUCAGUGAAAUCAAUUAUUUAAGAAAAUGAGUCAACAAUCGAGUAAAUUUGUAGUUUAAGAAUCAUUUUUUUGCUAUUCAGGAAACUCUUAUGUCCUUAAACAAUCACGAAUUUUGUAUUGUGCAUGCCGACAGAUGUUGAAAUUAAUAACAAAACGUUAACGGUUCUAAGAGAGAGAGAGAGAGGGAGAGAGAGAGAGAGAGAGAGAGAGAGAGAGAGAGAGAGAGAGAGAGAGAGAGAAAUCAUAGACAAUUACACUGCUAUACCCUGUUGUAGAGCAGCAGUAGUAGUACUUCGUUCUUUUGUGCUUCGGUCAUGCAAACUCUUCCCUCUUUAUAAUUUCCCGUCCAUAGCACAAGCUAUUUUAUUAUUAUAUUUCAAACGACAAUUAAUACGUUUUAUUUGAACCGACUGAACCUGUCGGAUAAAUGCGUCGUGCUUUUAUUGUAUGCGUAUUUAUAAUAGCGAAAAAGACUUAGUGUUUUGAUUAUACGCAAUAAGUCAAGAGGAAUAUAUAUAUACAUAUAUGUGUGUGUUUUUGUCAAAACUGCCAGAUGAGCCAUUUUUUUUCCAUUAAACUGUCCUGUCAUUAAAAGCGUCGCGAACAAUGAACUGAUGAGAUAAUUAUAUAUACAUACAUACACAGCAAUCACAUAUAUUUAUAAAUAUAUAUAGUGUUAUCGUUUAUAAUUGGAUGUAUGACCAUGGCACGUUUCAUCGCAUAGGGUAUAUAAUUUACUUUGCUAAGUUGUAAAUACUGUCUGUUCAUCGCGUGGAUAAAACAUUUAAAAACUAGUUGCUUUUGUACAAAGAGCCGCCCGUAGAGAAAAUCCUUUACCCAAUGCGUAUAUAUAUAUAUACAUUAUAUAUAUAAAUAAAAGAAAAAGCGAUGAAAUCUUAUGUUUGUGUUCUCUUUAAAUUUCUAAGUUCGUAAAGUAUAUAGAUAAAAAAAGGAGCGAAGUACGAUUGUAGCUGAAUGAAAAUUUUUAUUGAAGUAACCGAGAAAGCGUAGCGAGAUUUUUAAACUCUUUGUAUUUAGGGGAGGGAGGGGGGAGAUAUAGUAAUAAAUCGUCGAUAUUAAUAUAUUUCUUUAACGUCAAAAUUCUCAGAAAGAACUCGAGUGAGCGGAUUUUUAUUCGACAUUGAAAGAUGCAAUUUCUUACGAAAGGCUUGUGAUACGUUUAAUUAUUUCAUUAAAAUUGAAACCUUGAUUUCAAUGUCGUUUAUAUAUUGUCUGAUCGAUUAUCUUCUAAAUUAAUCUAAAAAGUAAAAACGUGUAAUUUUCUAUUGCUUUGUUUGUAUUUCCACUCAUUCCAGUUCUCCCCUGCAGAAACUCCAUUUGUCUCAACACUGCGUUUCGUUGUUUAAUCAAGUUUUCGUUUACAGAUAGAAUAUUAAAAUAAAAGAGAAAACUCAGAAAAAGGAAAACCUAACUUACUUAAAGACCCUAUAUGAUUACAGCUACGACCUGUGAUAAAAUGAAAAAAAAAACUUGACAAGAACAGGUUUGAUAGGAAGGAUAAAGUGUUGCGUCUUAAAAACAAGGAUACAAUUAAUUAUUGAAAAACUAAUAUAAUAAUUAAUGUAAGAGCACUUUGCUUGUAUCGCUGCAAUUAUGGACUUGCAUGUGUACAGCCCUGUACAUUUUUAUAUGUAAUAAAAAAAGUAAUAAUAAAUGGCGCGACCUCCCCAGCAAACACUUUGACCGGGAGGACGUGUUCAAAAUGCAAAA